GCGUAAAUUUUUCCCCCCAAAUCAAAAAACCCUAAAAAAUAAUAUUUCGUCAAAUCAAUAAAUUCUUAAUUAGCGGUGAAAUCUCCGCCGGAAAAUUUCAGUUCAUUAAAUCUCCGGUGACCGUUGAUUAUAAAUGUCAAAUUCGGAAGCUUGUUCUUCUUCUUCAACUGCAAUUCCAAUCGCCUCAUCUAAUAUUGGUUUUCAGUUAUUGAAGAAACACGGAUGGAAAGAAGGAACUGGCCUAGGUAUUUCUCAGCAGGGCCGAUUAGAGCCUGUGCAGACUCAUAUAAAGAAGAAUAAACGAGGUUUAGGAGCAGCACCGGUUAUAGAUAAACCACGGAAAAAGACAGAAGAUCAAAACAACGCGACUUCUGAUAAUGCUAACGAUAAGUUAUCUAAAAGAAGUAAAGCGAAAAUGUCAAAGAAGUUGAAGAAAGCUCAAGAACUUGAAAAGCAGUUACAGGAGAAGGAAUUUGAACGUGCAUUCUAUAGAGAGUUUUGGCCGGAUAACGUCUGAAUGACUGAUACAACAUAAAUAAGUUGUAAUUUGUAAGCCACAAUCAUUCUUGAACACACCCUAAAAAGUACUCCGUAAUUGUUUGUAUAGUACCAGUAUCAUUACUUGUUUUAGUUUGUAGAUCUUGCUUGUAUAUACGAUACAUGCAGGUCAGUUGGAUCUGAUUAUCAAUUGAUAGCUGUUGAAAUUGGAUAAGUUGAUUUAGUUGGAUCUUAAUGUACCUUUUCGAUCUUUGAACAUUUUGACUUUCGGCA